CCGCUAACAACUAGCACUCGCAUUCAGUCCAGGGUUGGAUCUUGCAACAGAUAGUCCAAUCCAUACACACCCAAAGUGGCCACUGAGUAAUAAGAGAUAGUCCGUGGAGCUUCCUCAGCUUCCCCAGCUUGUCAACUCUUCCACUCGUCUUGGUCUGCACUGCAUUAUUGCCCUGUUCCACCUCCCCCACAACUCCCCAGCCCCAACUCGUCCUCUCCCUCUACUAGGGUGAAUAUAGCAAGAUCCGAUUCAUUUUGUACUCGACCAAACUCCCAUCGAACGACGCGGGCCUCCUGAUCCAUUGCAGCUGAUUCCAGCAUAUCAUCUACCCUUCUAUAUCCCUGUUUCUCAUCAUCGUUGCUGCAACAAUGAUGUUGACCCGCCGAUUCCCACUCUCCUCUCAUCAAGCUUCCACCUUGGUCCGAUCCUUCACAACGUCCACUCUCUACCGAGACAAUUCGUACGGCCGUGCUCCUCGCCUCGGCGACCUUACACCUGAUGGUGCCGACAUUUUCAACCAGAAGCAAAAGGAAUUCCGAGAUGGCUUGGAGGCUGCGAAGAAAAGAAAGGAAUUAGCUGACAAAGAAGCAAGGCAGGCCGAAACAGACACUUCCACCAAGCGUGGCUCUGGUGGAAAACUAUCCUCUUUCAUCUAUGGGACGCCAGAGGGUCAGCAACUGGACAAAGAAAUGGAAAGGUCUUUUUCUCAGGUGUUGGCUCGUGGCAAAUAUGUCCACUCUAUAGUUAUUCAUGAGGUCAAGCCCGACAAAGUCGAUGACUAUGUCGAGCUAGUCGGCGGCUGGUAUCCAAAAAUGGCUGCCAUUCCAGAGAACAAGGUCCACUUGGUGGGAAGCUGGCGGACUGAAGUUGGAGAAUGCGAGACAUUUGUCCAUAUCUGGGAGUAUCAACGGUACAUGGGCUAUCAUGCCUCCUUACACAACAUCUCUCAUCAUCCCGAGUUCCCUGCCUUUGAGGAUAAGCUCAAGACUUUGAUUUAUUCCAAGAACAUCUCGCUGAUGCAAGAGUUUUCCUUCUGGCCAACCACUCCACCACGCGAGCUUGGGGGUCUCUUCGAACUGCGCUCUUACACGUUACACCCGGGUAAUCUUUUGGAGUGGGAGACACACUGGCGAAAGGGCCUGAAGGCCCGCCGAGAAGUCAUGGAAGGAGUUGGUGCUUGGUUUGUCCAGAUCGGAGAUCUCAACACGGUCCAUCACCUUUGGCAGUUUGCCGAUCUGGAAGAACGCAAAGUCCGAAGAGAACAAUCGUGGGGCAUCGAGGGCUGGGGAGAUACCGUUCACAAGACGGUGCCGUUGAUUCAAUCCAUGAAGAGCAAGAUCCUGGUCCCUCUGCCUUGGAGCCCAGUGCGCUGAAUCCAGGGGGUGAGACUAAAGAGAGGACGAGCAAUCAUACGCUUGCUCCAGGCGAGUAAACAAGUCCUCAAAAGAAUCGAUGUGGGGCCUUUGAGUAGGCAGCACGAACUAUUGAACAGGCUGCGUGCUCCGGGAGUGUGAAGAACGAGCAUCAGCCAGACCUCCCAGACACUCUUGAAUGGGAUCAUCUCCCACUUCGGGCGAUGUCUCUCGGCUUGUGAAGGCGCUCGGUCUGCUGGAAUGGAUGCGUCUAGAGGUGGAUGGAGUAUAUCUCAUCGCGUCUGCGGGAGUUUAGUAAACAGCCAAAGUCAUUGGUGGAUUCAAGGACAGCGAGGCUAUGCCAAGAACUUUCUCCGCAUUCUAGUGUCAUAAUUUUUCGCGACAUGCCC